AGUGCUACAGUCGUACGCAGUUCGGAUUUGUGUGUGGUGGCGAGUCCUCGUGCGAGAGGGGUCGCGCGCUGGCAAGACGGCUUUGCCAAUAAUAGCGUCGGGUAAAGUGGGCGACAGGCAGAGCAGUGUUUACAAAACAUGCUGUACGCAGGAUCCGCUCCGCAAGGGUGAGCAGCAGCGUAUUUUGGGAGAAGCCGAAGCCGAAUAUAGCGAAAAACGCGCAGAACCGGGUGCGUACGGCCGUCACAACCGUUCCAAGUGCAGGAGUAGCAGCGUGUAGGUGCCGUCGAAGCAGGCGGUGAGUUGUUGAUAACAACGCCGCGCAUACAGUGUGAAUCUGGUCCUCCAUGCCAACCACCACGGACUAUGUGGAUGACGAAUCGUAGUAGUAGUAGUAGUAGUAGUAGCUGUUGCGGCAUCUUUUCUUUUAGCCGAGAGAGCCCUUGAAAAGCUGCACUUUUGUUGACUCAUCAUUGACGGUGCGCUAUCUCCCGCAAAACUGCAAUCUGCUCCCCUGCGUAGAUAUGCCCGGCCACCAAAGCUCCUCCCGACCGAGGAAUCAAAAGGUGCAAUUUCAUUCGCUCGUAAAUCGAUAAGAAAUUCGAGCUGUGUGUAUGUGUGUUUUUUUAUGUUGGCCUUUACUGACGGAUUUAAUUGGUUCUCCCCACCCGGACGGUCCCAACUCACCAUCCCCAUUAUCGGGUGUUCCUGCGGGAUACGUAUGGGAUCAAAAUCGAAACUCCCAAACAAAAAAAAAGAAGCGGAGUGUGAGUGUGUGCGUUUGGAGGAAGAAAACAGGAAAAACUGGGAAGGAUAACUGUGAGGAAGAGUGUUGUGUGCGGCACAGGCGCAACACGAGCGCGAGGCGGUGUGGUGUGUGUUUUCUUGGCUGAUCCCGUGCUCGGGUUCCUGCGGGUGGCUCGCUUCCUGGAUGCGUGCGUGGCGACCAGUAGUGAUGUCUCACACCAGCCAACAACAAGUCCACUGUGCUGUGUGGUGCUGCCUUACCAAGUGUGUGCUUCUGCACUUCUGAUGUGCCCAUAUAAGGGUGGGGGGAGAGUUCCCAGAGGAUAGCGUGUGGUACCUGGCACGCGAGACAGGAUCAAGUGUAGUCCCCAACAUAAGCCCGAAGAGUGAGCCUCAGAAAUUCUACUUGAAAAAAAAACAACAACUUUUAAAGUUAAUAAUCGUAGUAGCAAGCGAUUACUACGCAUUCAUCAGUGCAAGUGUCGGAAAACGAAACGAAACACUCCUUGUUGGGAAAUACAACGGCCUACUACGUCGUACUCGUGCGAGUUGCUGAGCCUCGCUUGAUGCGAUGAAUUUUUCACCCUUCGGGACCCACUUUCCCGGUACGAUACCGGGAAUCCAUCAGUUUGCCAGCUCGGGACUGGUAACGAGCGUACCGACGACUUCGCACGACUCCACGAAUCGAUACCAUUCCAUCAAUUCGAACGUCAACAUGGCCCACUUCAACCAGAGCCAUGCUCCAAUUCUUGGCAAGUUCCACCGGGAUAGCCAGGAGUCCGGUGGAAACGCGGGCGGCGGUGCAGGCUCCAACAAGUACAACGGUCAUGCGGCGGCGGGUUCGGGCAACAGCACCAUCCCGACGACAACGACCAGUGGUGGAGCCGGUGCGGGACAGUACACGAACCCCUACAGCCAACAUUCGCACGUGGCCGAACACAAACAGCGCAACAUGUACCAUCAGCCGUCCGUGGGCAACAGUAGCUCGACCGGAGCCAGUAACGGCCAGAGCGCACAGGAGCUUAGUCAAGAUAUUAGUGCGCUGUUGCAGCAGGCGGACAGCAAGCGUGUCCUGCAGAACCCUAGCUGGCAAUCGCUAACACCGGGCGCAUCCGUCGCCGACUAUCUGUCCCAUCUGCCGGGCAGUGCACUACCUCUUUCGCUGCACCACUUCCUGAAGUACUCGGCGGAGAACAUCAAGAAGGAGGCACAGAAUCCACUCACCAGCCUCGACAUGUCACAGGCACAAUCGCAAUCCCACAGCACCGGUGGCGGCGGUGGUGGAGGACAUGGUAGCAAUAAUGGGGCCGGAAUGGUGCUUCCCGCUUCACAGACCAUUGCGAGCAUUCUUGGCCAUCCGGGCCAACAGCAGCAGCAGCAGCAUGGCCAGCAACAGUCGGCCGGUCUUGGAGGUCACCAGGCGGGUGGUGUACAAGCUGCUGCCGCUACCUCUUCUACCGGAGGUGCCGCCAAUGCCGCUUCUGCUGGAUCGGGAGCCGAUGCGUCCACCGAUAAGAAGAAGCGGAAGAAGAAGAAGAAACCUCCGAAGGAGCGUAAACCUCGUCCAAAGCCGGGAGAGAUCCAGGUACGGACGGCGCUGGACGGAAGUCUCCUGUUCCUGUGUCCCGAGUGUCAGAUGGCGUACCCGGAGCGGGAGCUGCUCGAGCAGCAUCUGAUUGGCCACAAUCUGGAGCGUCGAUUCAUCUGCGACAUUUGCAAUGCAGCACUGAAGCGUAAGGAUCAUCUGACGCGCCACAAGCAAAGCCACAACCCGGAGCGUCCGUUCGCCUGUACCAUCUGUCUGAAGGCGUUCAAGCGCAAGGAGCAGCUGACGCUACACUUUGUCAUCCAUUCCGGCGAGAAGCGGCACGUGUGUCAGGAGUGUGGAAAGGGCUUCUACCGAAAAGAUCACCUCAGAAAGCAUACCCGCUCGCACAUCGCCCGUCGACUGAAAGCGGAACUGAGUCAACAGCAGGGCGGCAAUGGGACGGAUGCGGGCGCCUCUCCAAGUACCUCCCGGGCCGGGCAAAUCCAAGCACAAAUCAGUGCUGCCGCCCAGCAGCAGCAGCAGCAGCAACAACAAUCGGCACAGCAGCAAUCCCCCAUGCAGCAACCUCAGCUGGCCGGUUCGAACCAGCAGCUGCAACCGCCGCAGUACCAUUCCCUCACACCAGGCCAGUCACAGAUGAUGUCGUAAAAUGGGCGUGAAGAAGACCGCGCAAGUGUCCCUCUUAAGCUUAAGUACUUAUUGUCCAAAAUAACCCACGCACGGCUCUUCUGAUAAGCAACAGCGCAUCAAAAAAAAAACGAACAGAAAACAAUAUAUAUUACCCGGCCGGGUACACAACAUCGGAAAAACGAUUCCGACUCGAAAGGAUGGAUUGCAGGUCACACGGUACGUGAAGUUGUGGCGGAUAGCUUAAGCAUCAUUAUACAGAAUAAAUGCUUUACGAAAGUGAAAUUCCAGCCCUUCAAACUCAUGCGCGCCCUCUGCCGGGAAACGUCGUUCCGAUCCGAUAACCCCGGGGGUAGUAUAUGCGACACAACCACAACAAAAAAACGACACCGCCGUGUACAAAGCUAGCUGUUAAAAAAAAAAAGACGGAAAAUGGGAUGUACGUAUUGGAUUUUCGUAUGCUUUCAGUUAACAUUCAUUCUCAAACACACAAGGAGAAACCCUCGCUCAGGUGAACACAAACACACACACGGAUUGUAGUAGGCAAGAGUAAAUGGUAAGCAAACUAUUUUAAUACAACGGGAAGCCGUCGGCUGGUAGCACAGAUGGAACGCGAGGACAAAAAGAUGGAUUCUCGGCUGUAGAUUCUUUCGGAGCGAACAACGGUGGUGCGUACGGUAGAUUUAAUUACACCCUAGUACGAUAGUAUCAUUAGUGCACAGCUAGUCUGAUUACUCUAGUCCCAAUUUUAGGCGUAUCUUUUGGCGGGCCGGAAACACAAAACCAAUACCUUAACGUAAUUCAUUAUCCAAACAAAACGACAAAAAAAUACAAAAAUUCUAGACUAGUAAACUGCAGGGACAACGUGUAACAAAAAGGGGCGCAAGACAGAGCGAGAGAGGCGAGGACGUCCAGAUAGGGGGCCUGGUUAGUUGAAAUUUGAAAUGCGUUCGAACUGAAUUUUAAGACAGCAAACAAACAUUAGUUGCGUAUCGCGCCAUCGGUCCUAGAUUUAACUAAAUCAAUAUUCUAUUUAUCGGUAAUACUAAUAAAACAAAAAAUAAACCCGAACAAACAGAACACAAUCACAUACAAA